UGAAAUGACAUUAGAAAAAUUGAAAUCCAACGACUGAAGCACCCGGUGCACCUUCUCAAAGUCAAAAGUUUACUUCACGUUUUUGACGUGACUCGAAUCAAAAGGAUGUAACUAGUGAUCAAAGAAAGGUAAUCCAAAUCGACAAGAAGCAUCUGAAAGGUGAAGCUUUAAGCUUCAAAAUGCGUAUUUUUUUAACUUUCUACCUUAAUUUCUCGAGAAGUUAUGAGCCUUCGAAAUCGAACGUUGUUCGGAGCGAAAAACGGGUGGCCCGCUAAUUUUUGUGCGUAGUGUAUGUAUAAGGCAUUUCGCGAUAAAACUAUUUGAUGUAAAAACCUCACUGGCGGUCGAUGAUAAUGAAUUUUUCUAAACUUCAAAAAUGAAAGUUGAACGAAAUUCAACUGUCCAGGUAAUCCGACACCUUGGCCGCAAGUAAUAGCUGGCAAGAAGUUACGGUAUAAUACGAUACAUAAGCGAAUGCUUGGAACAUAAUAUAACUGGAGCGGGGAUUGAACGUAUAAUAAAUGCUGAAUGUGCAACAUACCGGCGGUCCUCAUUUUCCACUUUGUUUCUUGGCUUGGCGUUAUAUCGCAGGGGAGUGAAGAUAUCGUAGAAAUUCGAGUUUCACAUAUUUAUAUCCAGAGAAAAUGGACAUUUUCCUAAUUAUAGCACUGAUCGGAAUUGCCUGGUUGAUCAGUUGGUAUCGUUCUAGGAGAAGAAUUUUGAAAUUGAUAGCAGAAAUUCCCGGACCGCCGUCACUUCCUUUGAUAGGUAACACUAUCGAAUUAAACGUCGAUCAUGACGAAUUAUUUCAACGUCUCAUGGGCAUGCGUUUAUUGUGGGGACAAUCCGAAGGGAUCAACAAAGCUUGGCUUGGAACUGCUCCCUACAUUUUUGUUAGCAAAGCUUCUACGGUGGAACCAAUUUUAGGAAGCAAUCGACACUUGGAUAAAAGUCACGAUUACAGAUUUUUACAUCCUUGGCUUGGCACUGGGCUCCUGACAAGUUCCGGCAAAAAAUGGCAUUUCCGUAGGAAAAUUCUCACUCCAACAUUUCAUUUCAAAAUUCUGGAAGAUUUUACCGAAGUCUUCACGGAACAAGCGGAAAUACUGGUUGAAAAAAUUUCUAAAGAAGUCGGGAACGAAUCUUUCGACAUUUUUCCAUACAUAAAUCAUUGCGCUUUGGAUAUUAUUUGCGAAACAGCAAUGGGGCGUCGCAUAUUUGCUCAAAAUGACACCGAAAGCAUCUAUGUCAAAGCUGUUUACGAAAUUGUAGGCAUAGUGCAAACGCGUCAAGCGACUUUAUGGUAUCAUCCCGAUUGGCUAUUUCAACUGACAGCUUUGUACAAGAAGCAUCAAAAUUGCAUUCGAGUGUUACACGAUUUCUCCAACAAGGUGAUUUCUGAGAGACGGUCGGACAUCGAACAAAAGCUGAUGGAAGAUGAAUCCUUAGGAGAACAGCGCGGGGGAAAAAGGCUGGCUUUUUUGGACCUGCUGAUUGAGGCAUCUCUGCAGGGAGGACAUGUUCUCUCUGAUGAAGACAUCCGCGAAGAGGUUGAUACCUUCAUGUUUGAGGGUCAUGAUACGACUUCUUCGGCUAUAAGUUGGACGCUUUUUUUACUCGGCUGUCAUCGCGAAAUACAAGAAAAAGUCGUGGCAGAACAGAAGGAAAUAUUUGGGCAGGUUGGUGACGAACGAAGACCAACAUUUCGCGAAUUGCAGAAUAUGAAAUACCUUGAACGAUGCAUCAAAGAAGCUCUCCGGCUGUAUCCCAGUGUUCCUCUUCUUGCAAGACAAAUUUCGGAAGAUAUUCAAAUUGGAAAAUACCUGGUGCCUAGAGGAACUACGGCAAUAGUUGUUGUCCCUAUGUUGCACAGAGAUCCUGAUAUCUUCCCGAAUCCGGAAUGCUUCAAUCCUGAUCGGUUUCUACCUGAAAACAUGGUUGGAAGGCAUCCCUAUUCGUAUAUACCUUUCAGCGCUGGCCCUAGGAAUUGCAUAGGACAGAAAUUUGCAAUUCUAGAAGAAAAAGCUGUUCUUUCGGGACUGCUACGGAAAUACAAAAUUAUAGCUACCCAACGACGAGAGGAUAUUACUCUCACAGGAGAACUAGUCAUCAAGGCGAAAUACGGUUUAAAAGUGAAAAUAGAGCUUCGCUAGAAUGUAGUAGCAAUAAAAUAUCGGAAUUUAUUGAAGUAUGGGGAAGAAAAGUUGAAUUAUUUCAUUGACCUCAGAAUACCUCUUUCGGCUAAAUUUUCAUGCAUUUUCAAAUGAAGGCGGCAACAAAUUCUCUUUCAACGCCGCAGUAUGCCCCGUGCAGAGAGCCACCUGCAGAGUGCCUCCACCUUUGGGCUUUUAGUCUAUUUACGUCGAAAGUGGCGGUACCUGCCAAUAACUACCCCCGUGUGUCAUAAUAUAUUCUCGAAUGGCGGCUUCUUGCCAUUAGCUGCAGCUGGCCGAUAAAUUUUGGUUAGUGCAAAUAAAAAUAUUGAAUAAUAUUCAACUGUAAUCUAUAUUCAAGUUGAA